UGGGACCAUAUUCAUGCAGUGAAAACCACACUGUAUUACAUAUGGUUAAACAAGAUUCAUUUAAUAAUUCAUUACAUUUUGCAGAGCUUUUUGUUAUCAAAUGGAGUCUGCAAGCAGUGUAAACUGGGCAACUGUGAUUUUUUUAAUCCAGGUUCUGUGGUGUGGAAUUGGUGAGUCUCAGCAAUGUUCUCCUGGAUUUGGUUCUGAUCUUUUCCUGUUCAAAGUUCCCAGAGAACACCUAGAGAGGGGCACAAGGAUCGGCACAAUUGUUUUCAAUGAAUGCAGUGGAAGAUCACAUAUUGACUUUAUGCCUAGCGACACAGAGUAUCAAGUAGACUCGGAUGGCACAGUGGUGCUGAAGAGACAGGUUACUCUUCUUAAUGGCCAUAAGAUGUUCUCUGUCCAUGCUUGGGACUCCAAGGGAAAGAAACACACUGCAUUGGUGAGAGUGGAACACGAGGGUAGAGCUAAUCACCUUCAGGAGCAACAGGAAGAUGGUGACGAGCUCAUGUCAGCACAGCUUCAAUCUCCCUCGAUUCUGCUUCUGGAGUUUCCAAAAUCAAGCGGGUUGCGGAGGAGAAAAAGAGAGUGGGUCAUUCCACCGAUCAAAAUCUUGGAGAACGAGAGAGGUCCUUUUCCUAGUAAGCUUGCGCAGAUUAAAUCCAGUCAUGAAAAAGAAACCAAGAUGGUGUACAGAAUCACUGGUGACGGUGCAGACCAGCCUCCAGUGGGACUGUUUACAAUAGACAAAUUCACUGGUCUAAUGUAUGUGGGGAGGCCUCUUGACCGAGAAGAACAAGAUAAAUAUGUGCUGCAAGCCCAUGCUGAGUCACUUCAUGAUGUUGUUAUAGAACCUGCCAUGGAGGUUAUAGUUGAAGUGCUGGACAGUAAUGAUAACCAUCCUGUCUUCACCCAAGAUCCAUUCUAUGGCAGUGUACCAGAAGCUUCAAAAAUAGGCUUUGAGUUCAUGACAGUCAGUGCCACUGAUGCAGAUGAUCCAAACACUGACCAUGCUGCUAUUAGGUACUCCAUUGUUGAGCAGAUUCCACCAGAACCACAUCCUAACAUGUUUGCGAUUAACCCUAUGAGUGGAACAAUCCGAGUGAAUAUUGAUGGACUGGACAGUAAUGAAUAUCAUGAAUACACUCUGACUAUUCAAGCAGUAGACCUGCAGGGAGAAGGUCACCCUGCCACAGGAAAAGCUGUUAUUUCUGUUACACACCACAAGGAUACAUGGCUGAUUCCUCCAAUCCGAGUCUCUGAAAAUGAAGGGGAAUUUAAGGAGCAUUUCCCUAAGGAGAUAGCAGAGUUCAAGUCCAGUCAUGCCAAAACAUCUAGAGUGAAGUAUGUCAUCAGUGGUGGCGGAGCAAACCUGCCUCCAGUGGGACUAUUUGUUAUGGACAAAAACACAGGAAAGCUUUAUUUGUUAAGAUCACUAGAUAGAGAGACAAAGGAUGAGUAUGUGCUUCAAGCCCAUUUAAUGGGUGACAAUAUACAUGAUGAGGUUGUGGAGUUCAUCAUCCAGGUAGUAGACCAAAAUGAUAAUAAACCAGUCUUCACCCAAGAUCCGUUUAUUGGCAGUGUUUCAGACGCGUCUAAAAUAGGUAGCUUAGAUCAAAGUGUUGAGAGUUUUGAUAAAGCUAAUACGGUUAUUAUCUAUUCCAGUCUGUACAAGGAUUCACAAUCUUCAUUCCCUUCUCCCUAAAGGCUUUGGGUUCAUGACAGUCAGUGCCACUGAUGCAGAUGAUCCUAACACUGAAAACUCUGAUAUCAGGUACUCCAUCAUCAGUCAGGAUCCACCAGAGCCAAAACCAAACAUGUUUGCCAUCAACCCUAUUACUGGUGUGAUUCGAGUGAAUGCUGAAGGACUGGACUUUUCG